CCUCCUCCUCCUCUUCCUCCUCCUCCUCCGGGAGGGAACCUUCCUAUCUCGCAUGCCGGGCGGCAGAGACAGCAGCAGCAGCACCUCUUCUAUCCAACCGAGGGGACGAAGUUGGAAACAGCAGACCUCAGGGGGCAACGGCUUUACCGCCGCCGCCGCGAAACAUGCGGGCGUCUCCCCAGUUGCCUCGCUGUGGGCGCCAGACGAGAGGCGGGCAGCAGCCGAAGCCGCGCGUGUGAGCGAGCGGGGAGCUCCUCUCCUCUCACAAGGAUGCUGGGGGACGAUGCCUCGUGGCAGGGAGGACGAGAUUUGCCGGAAAGCGCUGAAACUGCUGGUCGAGCUCUGCUCCGAGGGGACGGUCGAGAACGACAGGUGCCUGGAGUUCAGCUACUAUCUGCGGGACAGCGGCAGACCCCGGCCGGCCGACGCAGAUAUCACAGUAAGUUUGCUGUCCUUGGUGGUCACCGCAUGUGGACUUGCUUUGUUUGGGGUAUCUCUGUUUGUGUCCUGGAAGCUUUGUUGGGUUCCAUGGCGAGAGCGUGGCCUGCUAGGCAACAAAGACAAGCAGGAAUCCUUGAACCUCACAGACACAGAGACCAAUGACCAAGACUAUAGUGAGGAAUUCCUGGGACAGCCGACUACCUACCCUGACUCCUCCAUGAAAAUUAGCCACACUUCUCCAGACAUUCCAUUGGACGCUAAGGCAGGGACCAAGGAGAACUGCAUACACAAUGUUCGGAUGCAUCGACAAAUCACAGAACCAACACCUUCUGCUCGGUCAGUACUCUGA